AAUAUCAUAAACAACAACGAGUAUAAAACAGAGUUUGCGGAAUAUCGUCACAGUCCCAAGUGGAGACUGACUUCGAACGGUUGGUUAUAAAAAAUAUACGAUACAAGAGCAUUCGCGAUGGAGCGUUUGACACUAGUCACCCAAAGUGUAGUUAUUGCCUGCCUCAUUUUCUACGCUGUGUCGAAAAUUAUAGUGAACCUUGCGAAAAGGCGAUCGUUUGGCAAUCAUUGUUCAAAGUUUGAGGGACCGCCACGGCUGCCCAUUAUCGGCAAUGCGUAUCUCUUUAUCGGGAGUGCCGAAGCUAUCAUGAACAAGUUCCUCGAAUUGGAUAAAUUGUAUCCGAGAUAUUAUCAGUUAUCACUUGGCACUCGUUCGAUCUUCGUAACAAGUGUUCCUGAGCAAUUGAAGGUGAUAUUCAACAGCUCGAAAACCAUUGAUAGAGGAGGACUGCUAGAUUUUGCACGGCCGUGGUUGGGUUCGGGAAUACUUUUGGCUAAAGCAGCGAAAUGGCAAGUACAUCGGAAGCUGAUACAGCCGACCUUCAGUCCCAUGAUCCUGAAGUCUUUCAUCGAAGUAUUUUCCAGACAGUCAGCGAUGAUGGUCCGGCAAAUGGAGCGCCACGUGAACGGAGACGAAUUCGAAGUACAAAAGUACUUAUCACCGUACACGUUGAACAUGAUAUGUGGAACUACGAUGGGCGUGAAAUUGGAAGCACAGACGGACGAAAAUUGUCAGUACGCAGAGGCGGUAGAAAAAACGACGUCCAGCAUUUGUACGAGAGCCUUGAGACCCUGGUUGCACCCAAGUUUCAUUUUCUACCGAACGCAACUUGGCAAAGAGCAGCAAAAGGAAAUCCAGAUAAUGCAUGACUUCGUUGAAAACGUGAUACGAACGAAGAAAGAACUGCUCCAAAAUCGUCCUUGCCAGCCGGAAUUAAACACAAAUGAAUAUGACGAGCCGAAGAUCGGGGGCGAAGUGUUCUUGGACCAUCUCUUGAACCUACCCCGUAACAAGAAAACACUCACGGACGAUGAGAUUCGGGACGAGGUGCACAGUAUAGUGUUGCCUGCAAGCGACGCACCAGCAAUUACCGUUUCUUUCGUGAUGUUGAUGCUGGCAUCUCACCCGGAUCUGCAGGACAAAGUUUACGAGGAACUUCGAGAAAUUUACGGCGACGAUGAUAACGAAGAUCAACUCGUCACUCCGGACGACUUGUCGAGGAUGAAUUACCUGGAGCAGGUGAUCAAAGAAACCAUGAGGCUGUUCCCAGGCUCACCCUUUCUCAUUCGAGAAGUGACCGACGACUUGGAUAUAGGUGACCGCGUUUUGCCAAAAGGAAGUUCCGUCGCUCCCAACAUUCUAAGGCUGCACAGAAGUGAAGAAUACUGGUCUGACCCUUUCAAGUUUGAUCCGGACAGAUUUCUACCGGAAAACAUUACCGAGCAAUAUCCGCACUCGUAUCUACCAUUCGGCGCAGGUCCGAGGAGUUGUUUGGGUAAGCCAAAUAGUGACGUUGAGGACGAUCUUGAAUUGCUGCAUGGAUUAUCUCUUCGUAUCGAAGUUGAUCGGAUCGAGGUAUGCCAUGAUGAUGAUGAAAACGUCCGUGGCGACGAUUCUUCGACGAUAUGUUUUGACGAAAGAUCAAGUUGUACCUGCCGAACAUAUCCGACUGAAAAUGGAAAUGGUGCUCAGACCAGCGGAACCGAUCACAUUGAGAAUUUAUACGAUACAACAGCAUUCGCGAUGGAGCGUUUGACACUGGUCACCCUAAGUGUAGUUAUUGCCUGCCUCAUUUUCUACGCUGUGUCGAAAAUUAUAGUAAACCUUGCGAAAAGGCGAUCGUUUGGUAAUCAUUGUUCAAGGUUUGAGGGACCGCCACGGCUGCCCAUUAUCGGCAAUGCGUAUCUCUUUAUCGGGAGUGCCGAAGCUAUUAUGAACAGGUUCCUCCGAUUGGAUAAAACGUAUCCUGAUUGUUAUCAGUUAUCAAUUGGGAACCGUCCAGUUUUCGUAACAAGAGAUCCUAAACAAUUGAAGGUAAUAUUUCUAAGUCCCAAAACCAUUGAUAGAGCCAGUCUGCUUGACUUCGCACAGCCGUUGUUCGGUUCAGGAAUACUUUUAGCUACUGGAUCGAAAUGGCACGCGCGUCGGAAGCUGAUCGAGCCGGCCUUUAAUUCCAUCGUUCUAAACUCCUUCGUUGAUUCAUUUGCCUCACAAUCAAGAAUUAUGGUCGAGCGAAUGGAGCACCACUUGAACGGAGCGGAAUUCAGAGUACAGAAAUAUUUGGCACCGUGUAUGCUGGACAUCUUAUGUGGAACUACUAUGGGUGUGAAAUUGGAAAUACAGACAAGCGAUAAUUGCCACUACGCAAAGACAGUAGAAAAGGUGGUGGAUAGUAUUUGCAAAAGAGUUCUGAGACCCUGGUUGCAUCCAGACUUUAUUUUCUACCGUACGAAACUUGGCAGAGAUCAGCGGAAGCAAAUCCAACUUUUGCACGAGUUUGUUGAAAACGUGAUACGGAUCAAGAAAAAACAGAUCCAAGAACUUCGCAGUCGGGUAGGAUCGGCCGAUCAUGAACAGGAUAAAUCCAAUCAAGCGGAAGAAAACGCGUUUUUAAAUCGUAUGUUGAACCUUUCAAGUGACAACGAAGAACUUACAGAUGAAGAGCUUCGUGGCGAAGUCCAUGGUAUAGUGAUGCCCGGAAGUGAUGCGCCGGCCAAUGCUCUUUCUUUCGCAAUGUUGAUGCUGGCAUCUCAUCCAAUUGUGCAGGAUAAAGUUUACGAGGAACUUUGGGGAAUUUACGGAGACAAUGAUAACGGAGAUCAACUCGUCACUCCGAAACACCUGACGAGGAUGACUUACCUGGAACGAGUGAUCAAAGAAAGUCUGCGGAUGUUUCCAGGCUCGCCAUUUCUCUUUCGAGAAGUGACUGACGACUUGGAUAUAGGUGAUCGCGUUUUACCAAAAGGAAGUUCCGUCGCUCCCAACAUUCUAGGGCUACAUAGAAGUGAAAAAUACUGGUCUGACCCUCUGAAGUUUGAUCCGGACAGAUUUCUCCCGGAAAAUUUUGCGAAGCAGCACCCGUACUCAUAUAUACCAUUCGGCACAGGCCCGAGGAAUUGUUUAGGUUCGAGAUAUGCCAUGAUGUUGAUGAAAACAUCUCUCGCGAUGAUUCUACGACAGUAUGUAUUGAAGAAGGAUCGAAUUUUACCUGCUGAAAAUAUACGACUGAAAAUGGAAAUGUUGCUGAGACCUGCCGAACCAAUAACAAUAAGAAUUGAGAAACGGACGCAAGUCUCACCAAGUUUUGUCGACCUUUGAAAAUUCGAAUUCUGUAUUCCGUUACGACUGAUGAGAUAACUCAAAAUCAUAACUAUUAAAUAUUUCUUUCGUGACAGUUUAUUUCCAGCUAUGAUACAUUUUUUCUAUUGUUAUGAAAUAGCAGUGAAAGCAGUCGAGAUUGAUAUUCGAUCAUCAAUAAAAAAUAAAAAAUAAAACCAUGACGUAGCUGAUAAGUGACUAAAUCUCACGUCCCGAUCUUGUUGUCGAGUUUUCGAAUCGGCGGAUUUGAUUUUGUUUUUCAGGUGUCCUCUCAGUUCCUCCGGAGUCUCGACAGCUGGAAAACAAGCUCUAAAAAAUUAAUAUUGGGACGAAAAGUUUUGCGAUUUCCGAAACCAAAACGAUGUUGACAAAUGUCAGAAUUAAGUAAUCGAAAUAUCAUACCGAUGACGAAUACUGAGUUUUACUCGUAACAGAAACCAUACAUAUCCGUCGCAUAGCUAAAAAUUGGAUUCCAACAUUCGAUCAUAAGCUUUAUGGAAGCAUUCAAACCAAAAAAGGUGUUUUGAUAAUCACAUGAAUGUCAAGACAUAAUUCACAUUGCUGUGCUGUUGAUAAUCUCGGUAAUCUAUCAAUGUACAAAAGUCAUAUCAUAUGAAUGAUUUCAACGGUACUAAAAUAUAACGCGGCACUUUAAGGUGUGUUCACUUACUUCAAAAAGAAGCUGCUGAAGAGUCCAGAAUACUUGA